AUGAUCGACGCAGAGAGAGGGGGAGAAAUGGGUAAAAACGAUCAAGUUCCACUCUUCGAAACAAAGCAAGUUAAGGGACGAAUUCUUUUCAGGUGGAUUGUAGCUUCAAUAUUUCUUGGCAUAUGCUUCAUCUGUAUGUAUAGACUCAGGUUUUUCCCAGUUGAAGGAAAAGCUAAGAGAAUGGCUUGGACUGGACUGUUUCUUUCUGAACUAUGGUUCAGUUUUUACUGGUUUCUCAUCUCAGUUUCCAGAUGGAACUCUGUCUACCGUAUUCCCUACGUACACAGGCUCACUAAAAGGUUCGGGAAAGAAUUACCGGGAGUCGACGUAUUCGUGUGCACGGCGGAUCCGUUGUUAGAGCCACCGAGCAUGGUGGUGAACACGGUUCUAUCAGUGAUGGCAUAUGAUUAUCCACCUGAGAAAUUAAGCGUCUAUUUAUCAGACGACGGGGGAUCGGAUUUGACGUUUUAUGGCAUGUUAGAGGCUGCGAAUUUCUCAAAGACAUGGCUACCUUUCUGCAACAAGCUCAAAGUGGAACCCAGAUCACCCGAGGCUUACUUUAGGACGGCUUCUGAACCAGUCAAUGAUCCUGUCAAUGUCCAACACUGGCUUUCCGUCAAGAAACAAUAUGUGGACAUGAAAAUGAGGAUCGAGACCACCACAAAGUUGAACCGAAUUCCAGAGCACGUACGGAUACAACACAAAGGAUUCCGUGAGUGGGACUUUGUUUCGAGCAAACGUGAUCAUCAAACCAUUCUUCAAAUCCUAAUCGAUGGAAGAGACCCCAAUGCUGUGGAUAUUGGAGGAAACCCUUUGCCAACUCUUGUGUAUUUGUCAAGAGAGAAAAGACCCCAACAUCACCACCAUUUCAAAGCUGGGGCCAUGAAUUCCCUUAUUAGGGUAUCAUCAAAGAUAAGCAAUGGUCCGAUCAUUUUGAACGUGGAUUGCGAUAUGUAUUCCAACAAUUCAGAGUCAAUCAAAUAUUCUUUAUGCAUUUUCAUGGAUGAAGAGAAGGGAGAUGAGAUUGCCUAUGUACAGUUCCCUCAGAAUUUCGAUAAUCUCACCAAAAAUGAAACCUAUAGUACCUCUCUCCGAGUAAUACAAAAGCUAGAGAUUCAAGGGCUUGACGCAAAUGGAGGGCCAAUGUACAUUGGCACAGGAUGCUUCCACAGGAGAGAGGCUCUUUGUGGGAAGAAAUACGAGGAAAACUAUAGGGUUGAUUGGAAGAAACUGAAUGAUACAAAGGUUGAAGAAAGUGCAAGCCUCCUUGAAGAAACAUGUAAAGUUCUUGCAAGCUGUACCUUUGAACACAACACACCAUGGGGAAAAGAGAUGGGUUUAAAGUACGGCUUUGCGGUGGAAGAUAUAGUUACGGGGUUGAGUAUACAAUGUAGAGGAUGGAAAUCCAUGUAUUUAAACCCAGAAAGAGAAAGCUUCUUAGGAGUUGCUCCAAUAACAUUACUGCAGUUGCUGGUGCAACAUACGAGAUGGGGUGAAGGUCACCUUCAAAUUUUCCUAUCAAAAUACUGCCCUUUGUUGUAUGGAUAUAAAAAGAUUCCACUUAAGCUUCGACUCGGUUACUGUCCUUUCAACUUGUGGGCUGCAAAUUGCUUGGCAACGUUGUAUUAUGUUGCUGUCCCAUGCCUUUGUCUGCUUAAAGGCAUCUCCUUGUUUCCUAAGGUAUCAAGUCCCUGGGUGCUCCCGUUCGCAUAUGUUAUCUUUGCACACCGUGCAUAUAGCCUCGGUGAAUUCAUAUGGUGCGGCGGAACGCUUCAAGGUUGGUGCAACGAUCAAAGGAUAUGGAUGUUCAAGAGAACAACUUCGUACAUCUUUUCCCUCAUUGAAACCAUCUUGAAGCUCUUGGGAUAUUCACAACUAUCCUUCAUCGUCACUGCCAAAGUAGCUGAUGAAGACGUCCUGAAAAGAUAUGAUAGUGAGCUGAUUGAGUUCGGUGCCUCCUCACCGAUGUUCGAUAUUUUAGCCACACUUGCUAUGUUGAAUCUAUUCGGUAUCAUAGGGGCAGUCAAGAAGGUUAUCGUGAAUGCAGAUGAGGAGUCUAAGGUUUUGGACCAAUUUGGGCUGCAAAUUCUCCUCUGCUUGGUUUUGGUAACAAUCAACUUGCCUGUAUACCAAGCACUCUUUUUCCGAAAGGACAAUGGCAAGAUGCCUACUUCAGUUACUUGCAAGUCUGUUAUUUUCGCUUUGUUAGUCUGUACUAUAGCCAUGUAUUGAAUACAAGUCACAGAUACUGAUAUUUGAACUUCAAACUAAAUGCCUAAAUAAAGCUGUAUGACCAAUGGUUUAAAUCCAGUUUUUU